AUGUCUAACUACAAAGCUCCUUCCUUUUUAAGUAUUCCAAAUUAUUUUAAAGUCAAUGAUAUAUCUCUUUGGUCACUUGAUGACUAUUGCAAUCAGCUUGGUGAGGAUAUGAAAGGGGCGCCUUUGAGUGCUCACGAAAGAAUGUACAUCGAUUAUCUCAAUUUGAUCAAAUCUGAUGAAAAUCUUCCGCGAAUUAUCAAAUCCAAAAUUGGCGCAUUGAUCAAAGGCAAGGAAAAGAAUCAUGAGACGAAGAACAGAAGCAUCAAUCAAGUAGACAAUACAGAAUCAAGAAUUGUCUUAAAUAUCAACAACUCCAACAAUACCAGUAUUGGAAAUUGUAUUAUUAGCAAUCAUGAAGACAUAUGCUGGCAAAUAAAUGAUCAAGAAGACGUCUGGUCUGCAUGGAAGCAAUAUCUUGAAUCGCAUUCAGGCCACGAAUACUGCUUAGAGAAGGCCCAUGUGAUUGAAUGUGGAUAUUCCAUUAGCUGUAAGCCACACUAUCCAGAAGACUUGUAUCAGUUGUUUGGCGACAACAAGCAACAGGUGAUCAAAUCCCCCUUCAAGAAGUGUAGCUUGUUCUCAAGCGCCAUGUUACAAGCAUUGUCAACAGGGAGCAAAAGAGUGAUCUUGAGGGCUCUUACUGAUGACAGCCAUCUUGACAAAGUCGAUGAAGGUGACAAAGAAGCUGCCUUCGUGCAUGGAUAUUUCGAAUACAUGUACAAUUUUUAUAAGAGCCCUUCUCUUGGCGACAAUGAAGUUAUAUUCAAUCAUAAGCUGAUUUGGCCAUUGUUCGAAAUGGCAUGUAGUCACAGUUGUUUGAAGUUUAUUCCAGGAGAAGUGCUUCUGUCUUCAACAGAUGAGCCAUACAAUGCCGAUGCUGUGGUGAAGUUUGAGAAUAUUGAAAUUUGCCUCUUGGAGACAUCAGGUCAUUAUGGCUUGAAUGAUAAAGGUCGCUUUGGCUAUGAUCAUGUCAAGGGCGCAUUUGGUGCUAUUUCAAUGAUAAGACAUGCUUACAAGAAGUACCAAUAUGCUACAAAAACAACAGCUCAAGAAUUACGCGUAUUUUUCAUGCAUGCCAAAGAAAAGAAGUUGAAUCUUUGGUCUCUUGAAUUUGUCUCCUUAAAUGUGCAAAUAUUACAAAGAAUUGCUGUGGCUGAUAUUCCAGAAACUGAGCACCACUCUGCCCAAAUAUUACACAUGGGCAAUUUUGCUUAUAAACUUCAGACAGAAAUAGCUUCCUCUGUUGAUGUGUUGAAAAAAAUGAGGAAAGAGCACAAUGACUAUAUGAUUUCAGCAGAGCUCAGCGACGAACAUGAAGAAAGAGAAAGUCUGGCAAGCUUUGUUUCUAAAUCUAUACAAAAGCCAGUAAAAGGAAGUGGCUAUGGCCUGCUUCUCCCUGAAGAGCUUGAAAAAAGCGAAGUUAAAACAACCUUUGUUUAA